UAUACACAUACACGACAUAUAAAUGUAUGAUUCAUUGCUGCACAUUGCAUAUUUCUUCCGCGUACGGACAUUUAUUGUUGUGACUUCUGUAUGUAGAUUCUCAUGUCGUAACAAUACAGAACAACACAUGUAAUCGUAUUUUCGGCAUUGAAAUUUUAAAAAAUGUUUGCUGCACAAUUAAUACAUAUGAUAUAUCCAGAUGUGAUAUUAAUCACAGUUACAGUGCUCGGAAGUACCAAUGCGUUGUUUUGAGAACGUGAUUAUAAAACACUUUCACGUGAUGUGUCAAACAGCAUGUAAUGUGUGGCAAAUUCGUGAAUACAUUUUGCAAUGAAAGAUCCGGUUAAAAACUUACAAAAUAUUCCGAGACACACCCCCUUUGUUGUAAACAUGGAGUUGUCGCCCCUAGUUCUAUAGUUAGCCACGAGAGGUCGGUCUGAGUGUCAAAAAUGGAGACUGAAUCUUGUUGACUGAAUGUCAAUAUAGUAAAGUUAGUUCGAUAAUUGUCCAAAAUAUUGCGUUAACAUGUCGUCCCUACAUUUACCAAGGGUGGUUAGUCAAAGAGGGAAGAGUUCUUUGGAAGUUGAACGUGAAAACUUUGAAAAAAGACAGGCUGUGGCAAUCAACAAGGCUAUCAACAGUCAAGAAACACCUGUCAAAGAAAAACAUGUUCGAAACACAAUCCUUGGUACCUUCCAAGACAAUGGCGGAGGGAUGUUCUGGACCGUUGCCACCAAGCUGCCUGUCCAGGGCAACCCCAUCGUGUGCUGGAAGUUUCUCCACGUUCUCCACAAGAUACUUCGAGAUGGACACCCUAAUGUCAUUAUUGAUUCCAUGAAGUACAGGAGUCACCUCACAGACCUGGGAAAGCUAUGGGGUCAUCUUAAGGAGGGAUAUGGCAAACUGAUAGCAUCGUACUGUAAGCUGCUGAAGCAGAAGCUAGCCUUCCACAGGAAGUUUCCCCGAAUUCCAGGAAACAUGAUGAUGUCCGAUGAAACUUUCAACAAAAUUUGUGGAUCCGAUGUGAACAGCUACUUUGAGUUCUCCAUCGACAUGCUGGAUUACCUGGAUGAGAUUCUCAGCUUCCAGCAAGCAGUGUUCGGUUCACUGGACAUGUCCCGGGCCAACUCUAUGACGACGUCGGGACAGUGCCGCCUCGCUCCCCUCAUCCUGUGUAUCCUUGACUCAUGCCAGCUGUAUGACUACCUGGUCAAGUCUCUCUUCCGACUUCAUUCUAGUCUGACACCCGACACACUCUCAGGUCACCGGGAGAGAUUCCUCAAGGGUUACAAGAGGCUAAAACAGUUCUACCACAGCAGUGCCACACUUCAGUAUUUCAAGAAUCUAGUCCAGGUCCCCGCAUUGCCGGAGGAACCACCCAACUUCUUGAUAGCCUCUGACAUCAGUAAGCAUGUGAAGCCUGUAGCAGUGGUGCCAUCAGAACCAGAGCCGGAACCGGAACCAGAGCUCGACACCCCAGAGGUGGAAUCAGUGGGCAACCUCAUAGACACAACGGAGAAUGACAGAUUUGACAAAACUUUUGGACAGGAGAUGGGCGCAUUCAAUUUCAACGGACGACCACCUGAACCAGAUGAACGUGACCUGCUGAUAGAACGACUGCACAGAGAGAUUGAGUUCCUGAAACAAGAGCUGCAUCGACUCAAGACAGAGGAUGGAAGAAUCAUCCAGUCUUUAAAGGACGAAAUCAGCAAGAUGGAGAAGCUGUUAUCAGAACUCAGGUUAUCGGCUGACAAAGCAUUAAAGGACAGUGAGAUGAUGAAGAAGGAAAGGGAUGAAGCCCAGGCCAGUCUAGAUGCCCUGGCGAAACUGCCUGAAGCCGAGAAACAAGCAAAGGCCAACCAAGAGAAGUUCCAGAAGAUGAAGGACAUCUAUGGGAAACUGAGGGAGGAGCAUGUGCAGCUUCUUAGGAAUCAUGCUGAUGUUACCAAACAACUUGCUACGGAGAAGAAAGCAGCUGACGAGAAGGAGCAAGUCAUUAAGGAGGCAAAGAUGGACCUCCAGCGCCUUGAGGACGAGAAGCAGGUCAUCCACAAUAACCUGCAGAAAAGUGCCGAUGAGGUCACAGGUCAGCUGGCUGAGGUCACUGGUAAAUGUUCUGUUCUGGAGCAGCAGAAAGAGGACCUUGACUGUAAAGUAAAAAAUUUAGAGGACAGCAAAUCUACUCUAGAAUCUCAGUUAGAGGAAAGUCAAACAUCAGUUGCCUCCCUUGAAUCCCGCCUGUCUGAAGUGCAGCAAGGGGGCGACCAGCGAGAGCAGGAGCUGUGCGGUCAGCUGUCCUCGCUGCAGGCAUCUUUGUCCACCACACAGAAGGAGAGGGAGGAGAGUGAGAAGAGACUGAGUGAGCAGGUGUCACAACUGCAGGGACAGUUGGACCAAACUCUGGCUGAGAAGGCCUCGAAAGAGGAAUCUCUGACCGAGAAGCUGGAUGAGCUUCAGAAACAACUGGAUCAGCUGAAGACAGACAAGCAGGACAGUGAAAGUCGCCUUGGUGGUCAAAUUGAUGACCUGCACAAGAAACUGUUAGAGAGAGGCGUGUCCGAAGGAAAGGCUAUAAUACAGGAUGCUCUGGAGCAGAAUGAAAACCCGACACACACAACCGUCACAUGUACAGCAGAAUACUUACUGAUGAGAGCAGAGCCUGUGUUGGAGAGUCUGACGAAGCUACGACAGAGUCAUGGUGCAUACACUGGGGAAAAGAAAGAUUUAGAUAUAUUGAUUGGGACAAUCAGCAUGUUUUCACAUCGAAUGAGUGACUGUAUCGUGCAUGGGUUCGCUACGUCCCACUCCGCACAGAUAGAGCCAGGGGAGGAACUGGCCAAUGCUUGUCGAGACACGGGGAGUUCCGGGGUGUCACUGCUGGAUGCUGUUGGCAAAGGUGGCAACACAACAUCUGAGGUGGAUGACUGCAUCCAGAAAGUGCAAUACGUGAUGAAGCUGGCAGAGGACCUGGUCCCCAAGAUGGAGGACGUGAAAGCUGAGGAGAUCGGGGAUCUUGUCGACAAGGAGAUGUCCUCAACAACCAAAGCCAUUGAAGAGGCAGCCAAGAAGAUAGAGGAGAUGCUGCAGAAGACGAGGGAGGACAAUACGGGUAUAGAGCUGGAGGUGAAUGAGAGAAUCCUGGACGCCUGCACAGCUCUCAUGAAGGCCAUCAAGGUGCUAAUAGAGAAAUCCAGGGAUGUGCAGAAGCAGAUUGUACUCCAGGGCAGGGGUACAUCCACAGCCAAAGAUUUUUACAAGAAGCAUCACCGCUGGACAGAGGGGUUAAUAUCUGCGGCCAAGGCUGUGGGCUUUGGUGCCUCCACUCUCAUGGAGGCAGCAGACAAGUUGGUGAAGGGCGAGGGCAAGUUCGAGGAACUGAUGGUCUGUGCCCAGGAGAUCGCAGCCAGCACCGCACAGCUUACCGUGGCCUCAAAGGUCAAGGCUGAUCGAGGGAGUGAAGGGUUGUCCGAGUUGUCUCGGGCAUCAAAGAAAGUCAACGAGGCCACAGGAAAUGUUGUAGCAUCUGCCAAAACUGCUUCACAGAUAGUUGAGGAUAAGAAUCUGAUGGACUUCACCCAGCUGUCUCUCCAUGACACAAAGAGGAUGGAGAUGCAGACUCAGGUGCGUGUGAUUGAGCUGGAGACGAUGCUGGAGCAGGAGCGGAGGAAGCUAGGGGAUCUGAGGAAGCAGCACUACCAGCUGGCCGGAGAGGAAGGAGAGGAGAAUGGACUCGGGGAAGAUGUCAACUCAGAGGUGCCAGUUUACAAAGACUGGCUAGGGCCCUGGGACUCGGAUAUGUUGUGAUCAUUCUCGGGUAACCAUGGUAACGGAAAAGCUGACGUGGUUGAGGAGAAGGCUGGCGGUGGUAUUUUAUUCUGAGUGCUGUGUAAAGACUAUAACCAAGAUGUCCCGGAAAAUGUCAUACACACAUGUCGUCACUUCAGUCAUCACGAGAGGUCAUUGUGUCACUUAGCCAUCAAGGUCACUAGGUCAUCCAAGGUCAUCAGCUUUGUGAGAGGUCAUCAAGGGUCAAUGGGUCAUUGAGAAGAGUCUUCACAUGACACUCACAAAGAGGUCAAAUGUCCCCAUGCUACAGUAACAGAAGAAUGCUAUGGAUUAUUUUUAUUUUUAUUUUUUAACGAUUUUGAAAACAUGCAAGGGAUGAUUGUCAGAUAUAUUGGACAUUUUAUGUUUUUAGUGACGUGUGUGAAUCAUAGCUAGGUAAUUGAAAGAACUUAAGACAUUCAUUUGGACUUUCACACAUAUAGUCCAGAAAAUGGAAUAAUUAAUCUGUUACCAUUUCUUUAUAUUCGAAUACCCCCACAGUAUGUAUAUGUACAGUUAUAUCAGAUCCUAUUAAACAAAUAUAAGUUUCAACAACUAAAGUACUUGACAACUUUUAUGUAUUGGUCAAAAGAAUAUACAUGUAAUCCUGAUACUUAACAUAUGAUAUCAUUAUGCACAUUAAACAUGAUAGGCUCCAGCUAGAAGGGCCAGCCAAAGUGUACCGGUAGUACUUCAGUCUGCGACUUUUGCCACUUGUCCGAAGCCCGAGAAGCCUGAUAUUGCACUUCUGUAGAGGCGUGUGGAAUAAGUCAUUUCAGCAGUUAAUCCCGUACAGUGGAAGAUGGUGGGUGAGUCUUGUGGUUGAAGUAUUCGGUAUUCAAGCCCCACCCGGGUGCAGUGUUUGAAGCCUGUACAAUUUUGAUAUUUUGAUCCCCAACCUUUUAUAAAUGCUGGAUCUGCCCUUGUCAUUGCACUGUGGACAAUCCAUCGGUACUCAUUAUUAAAGAAUUUUUAUAAUGUAAGUGAAAAUUUUGUUCCAAAUUGGCCCAUGUUAUUUAAAUUAAAUUUUGAGAGCAAAAGAAGUGUACACAUGAGUAUAUUUGCAGUGUUAGUAAUUAAGGUUGAAAUAAUAGUGAGUGUUAUGGUCUUAAUGUUCUCAGUUAUGGAUUUAGAGAACUAUGAUUCAUAUACCAUUGCCAACAACCACAAGGGCCCACUGUCUGUCACUGGAGGUGUGACAGUCUGGCAGCAAGACUACACUAGGUAUACAUGUGCACAUCUUCACAUUGAGACUCCAUUGAGUGAACACCCUCAUAUAUGUAUGUGUAUAAAUUGAAUCUCAUACUCACACAAUGAAUAACUAUCAUUUCGACAUUUCACUGGUCAUUUGAACAUGUGCUCCAAUAUGGCCUCAUUGUCAGCCAUAUUGGAUAUCUGCAUUGUCAUUGAUGUAAAAACUUCAUAUCUUCAUAUCAUUCACAUCUUGGGGGAGGAUUCAAUGUGUUGCCCAUGGCAGUGUUUUAUGUACCAUAUAGGCUGGUGUGGUUUAUGACGUGUAAGAAAUUGGGUCACACAUUCAAACUGCAUUGGAAAUUUAUAGUGUUGCACAUGUUUAACAUUUGUUAUGUAUUCAAUUCUGGGAUAAGUUUGUAAUGUACAAAUCUCCAUGGCAUUUCAUUCGUUUGUGUAGUUCCUUAACACAAGAAGGGGAUAGUGUAUCCUGUCUCCAAGAUAUUGAGUUGACAUUUUGGAAUAUUCAGAUGUAACUAUUUUGGCACCUUUGUCUCACAUGAAUCCAGAGUGAUGAAAUAUACUUAAUUCAUUGACACAUGUUAGAAAGCGAAUUGGUAUAUGAGUAUCAUUUGCCAGACUAAUUCUAGGGCGACUAAUUUGGACCGAUCCACCAAAUGGUUGUUUGUUCAUGAUAUGAGUCUCCAUGUUCAAGGUAUGUUAACAUGAUUUUAUUCUGGUUUGGAUGUAACAAGGAUACCAGAAAUUAUUUGUUGCCAACGUUUAUGUCAAGUUUUCUUGAUGGUUUAAGAUGAUACACAUAAAUAAGAUGAUACACACAUGAGUUUUAAUAAUACAUUUUUUUAUGAUAAAGCUGUAGACUUUGAAUGUGACUCGUCAAAAUGAUAAUUGAAACAAUUCCCAUCGAUGCUGAAGAAAUCGUAGGGGAUUUUAUAGAAAAAUAUAUAUAGACCCAGACAUUCUUUAAAAAAAUAAUUAUGCUUCAAACUGUUGGAAAAAAAUUGCCUGCCACAAAAAUGACAUUGUUGCAAGGUGUGAUAACAUGUGUAAUAACUUUCUGAUAUUUGCACAUGUGCAUUUUCGUGAUUCUCAAUGCUGAUUGGUCAACUGAAGCCAUAAGACGUCACAGUGCUUCAUUGUUGAGAAGAUUUGAUAUGAUGUUAUCCAUUGUUCUUGAUGUCACAAUUACAUGACAUCAACUGAACAAUGGGCUGCUUUCAGUGAAGUAGGGUUGACAUUGCACACAGGUGUUUUUUUUCAUUUUCUCUCUUAAAGUGUCAUCAGGUAAUAUAUAGAAUAACCUACCCGUAACUCUGCAUUACGGAUUAUCUGUCCCUAGUGAAUAAAUACUGUAAGUCCCUCCCCAAAGACACGGGAUCAACACCAUUCAUUCUCUCCGGUCAGAUAAUUUGUCAUUCCUCGUAGCUCGUUGGUUAUUCUCUAAUCGUAUCACAGGUGUAUAGGUUAAUGGUCUCUCUGACAACUUUUAUACAUGUUUAUUAUCAUGCUUUUGCUAUCUUUCUAUCUUUAACGCAAUCCUUUUUAAUAUUUUCCUGAAGAAGCUCUCCUUUUCAUGUGGAUAAGUGGUACAGGAAAAUAUUUCUUUUGAAACUUUACAGUCAGCUGAUAUUGAAGUUUAUUUCUGAGAUGCUCUGUGUACAGAUCUACCAACCGAGGGUUUGUUUUAUUGUGACGACUAAGGUAUCUAAGAUAUUUCUCAGCUUGAACAAUAUGUAGGUGUGAAUUCAGUCCUUCAUGACUCUUUAAUCUAGGCUAGAACAUUUGGUUAUGUAUGUGUGUGUAUGUUUCCUGGUAACCAAAUAGAAAAUGGCAAGUUUCAUCCCAAUGGAAAUUUGACAAAUGUGAUAAUUUGUUUGUAUUGUGCCAAGCAAUGUGUUUGUGGUUACGUAUCCAGCAACCAAGUAUGUCGACUUUAGUGAGGUUUGAAUUAUCAGUGUAACCUUUAACCUGUAGUCUUUACCCUGCCACCUUUUCUUGUCUCUUAUUCUCCUUCCACUUCCACACAUAUUUUUAGCUUUGAGACACAACAAUCUUUUUCUAAAAAUGAAAACACUGCCGCCUCUUUUUAACGGCAUUUUUGGGUUGUUUUUAAAAGGUACAGAUGGCUAUUAUUCAACCAGUCACCUUGGUGUUAGACGUUUUCUUGAUACUAGAAAAAAAGGAUGAAGAUCACUUACUGAAAUCCUACAAAGAAUUUAACUGGUCUCCAGUAGGGUGGAAUUAUUUGGUUUGUCUAUAAAAUAAAAUAUAAACUUACCAUUCAUCGUUUAUGCCUUACUGUCUGUGAUUGUCUAUAAUUCUAGUUGUGAAUGAAAGAUAGGAUUUCAUUUUUGCAACAAUGAAGUUUUUAAAGGAAAAUGUUUCUUGUGAAUUUGUGUUUUUUAUUGUACUGUCGGUCUUACUUUUCUUCUUUGUAGAGCAAACAAAGCUGAAGUUGCACAUGCCAAGGAGUCAGAGUUUGUACAAAUCAUGUAUAUUUGGUACCCAGCUAGAUAGAGUUAGGUAAGCUAGAGUUGAGUUCA